AUGUGGCUCCUUCUGAUGCUGGUGUUGGCUCUGAUCCUCCUGUAUAGAUGGUACAGACAAAUUCGGUUGCUGGAGAAUCUUACAGAUAAAUAUGUUUUCGUUACUGGAUGUGAUACAGGAUUUGGGAACCUACUUGCGAAACAGCUGGACAAACGUGGAAUGAGGGUUCUGGCUGCAUGUCUGACAGAGACAGGGUCUGAGAAGCUGAAGAACGAGACCUCCAGCAGACUGCAAACAACAAUCCUUGACAUCGCUAACACUCAAAGUGUGAGCUCUGCUGCUUUGUGGGUUGAGGAGAAUGUCAGAAAUAAAGGUUUAUGGGGACUCGUGAAUAAUGCUGGCAUUGGGCUACCUACAGCUCCCAACAGCUGGCUGAGAAGGGAAGAUUUUGUAAAGGUGCUGAAUGUGAAUUUAUUGGGCAUGAUUGAUGUGACGCUUUGUCUGCUGCCCCUUAUUAGAAGAGCCAGGGGACGUAUUAUCAACAUGUCUAGUGUGAUGGGCAGGCUAGCCUUUGUAGGAGGAGGAUAUAGCAUAUCCAGAUUUGGAGUGGAAGCAUUCUCAGACUCUCUCAGGCGUGAACUUCAACCAUUUGGGGUAAAAGUUUCUAUCAUUGAGCCCAGCUCCUUCAAGACCCCAGCUACAGAUAUAAAGACCACAUUACAAAGCCUCAAUGAUGUCUGGAAACAGGCUCCACUGUGGGCCAAGGAUAGUUAUGGUCAACAGUAUUUCCAGGAUUAUUGCAGAUUCAUUGAGUACAGGCUGUCUAAGUGUGAUCCUCAUAUAAAUCAAGUUACAGAUUCCAUAGAGCAUGCGUUGACUGCUGUACAUCCCUGGACUCGCUAUUCUGUAGGCUGGAUUACAAAACUCUACUUCAUGCCAGUAUCAUAUCUUCCCACUUUCAUAUCUGACUACCUGCUAGCUCAUCCAUUGAAAACACCAUCCAGGCUGUGCUCUUCACAGGAUUGCAACUGA